AGUCGAUCAUUAACGCGAUAACUAUCCUUUUCCUGCCGGUGUUUCUCUGCUUCUAUUACUACCUCCCAAUCCUCCUCAAUUUCAUUCGGCAAUACACAACAUGGAUAUGGACAUGGGCAUGAGCCACGACAAUGCCACUACCGAGCAGGUGCUGGUAAAAGAAGGUCUUGUAAGCCCGGAUUCCCUAGAAGUGGCUUCCGAGUUCAUAUCUUUGGCCUGUAUUACCGUUCUCGCGGUGGCAUUGGGCGCGAAAACCAAUGGCGAAACUUUGAAAACCUUGAAUUAUGGUCGAUUCCUUGUUAUCAUGCUGUAUACUUUAUCAUGGGCCUUCUCGGCUACAUCUGUAGUGUUGGUGUCGACCAACAACAGUAAGCUAUUCUACGUAAAAAAAAUUCCAGGGGAAGCCAUUACUCAUUUAUCACCUUUUUUUCAACCCAUCUUAGAUAAUAUGACAUCCUGUACCUUGGCAAUGUUGACUUGCGAUAUUUUCUAUGCUGGAAGUAAAAUUGCCAUUUAUGCUUGGCUUAUUGAACGUGUCCAUCUUGUCACUGCUGUCAAGACCACUCGCUUCAAGACGUGUCAGUACCGAUUCCAUUUGGUUCUUUUGCUGCCCUACGUUAUCAUUUUGGCGCUUAUGUUGACGUUCCGUAACAUCUAUCUCGAACCCGAUGGCAAAUGUACCAUUGGACUGCAACACGUUGCCAGUAUUCCCCUUUUAGUCUAUGAUUUUAUCUUCAACUUGUAUUUGACGUGGCUUUUCAUGCGACCUUUGAUGAAUGUCGGCCGUAAUUCCCGUACAGAUUGGAAGCGUUCCAGAUUAUAUAAGCUAGCUAGACGUACACUAGUCGCAUCGGUUGUAUGCUUGUUGAUUUCGUUCUUUAACGUCCUUGUCGUCGUCAUCACCCACGGUCACGAAAGAGGCCUUGUUUGCCUAACAAUGUGCACUGUCGAUGUAACGGUCAACGUUGUGACUGUUCACUGGGUCACAACUAACUCUAGAAAAUCCGAGAAGCAUGUGUAUACCACUCAGAAGAACAUGCACACGGUCGAUCAUAUGACCGCCGAAAUGACGUUUGACGACGAUGCCAAUCUGAAACUUGAUCGUAAACCCGUCAAAUACAAUAUACCAACCACUGUGCCCGAAAGAGUAGAAUCUGACAGCGAUAGUGUUCGUUCUGCUUCUCAUAUUAGCGGCAAACCUUUACAGGGAAAGAAAUAACGUUCUUGACUUUUGCCUAAUCCACCUUUUACUCCCUCAUUUUACCGAUUUUCUUUUUUACCAAUGCAUCCGUUUCUAGUUGCCAUAGUAUUAAUUUGUAAUAAAUCACACUGUUGAAGUUCGUUCGUCCAUAGACUCCAAAACGGACAAUGGCGGAUCAGGGUCG